UCAGUUUGUUAAUUAUAUUUUUCCAGACAUUUGUGCCUAGUUUUCAGCUUUUCAGUCUGGAGAGAAAUGAUGUGAGAAAUGAUUUCCCCUGAUGCAAUGCAAAUGUUGAGCGUCAAGAAUGACGUAUAGCCUAUCUGUUUAGACAUCAUAAAGGAGAUUAUAUAAUUAUGUUCGAUGUGUAAUUAUGACACAGGUGUCAAGUUAAAUCGAACGUUCUGACACCCUAUUAUGAUGCUAUUUAUAACCUAUUUCAUUUGAGGAUUUGAUUUAUAAGACAGACGGAAAGGGUCUACAAACUUGCGGGUUGUGUCUCAAUUGUCUGAACGCCUGAAGUAGACGCUUGGAGUCGGAGAAGUGUAUCUGGGUGGAUAUGGAUACAGAGGGGGGCGGUGCGUCAUUGCGCUUGGAGAAUGAGAAACUGCGGUACGAGAAUGACCACCUGAAAAUAAUGCUUGACCUAAUGAAGGAAAACUUUCAUCUGAAGUCCAAACUGCAAACCUCCACUCUAACCAGCGAUACUCUCAGGGAAUCGACAGGCAGGAACACAACUAUUCAGUGGCAAGACAUCGUGGAUGAGGGCAGAUUCAAACAUGAGCUGCAUCAAUCGCCCAGACAUCCUCACAGAACGUCUUCCCCGGUUAACCUGGAGUCCUACACCAAGAGCUGCAUGUGCACAGACCCACGAGAACAUGAAGAGACUGCAAGCUGUUCUUACGUCAUGUCUCAGAAGGUGAAAGAUCCAGAGCGGUUGUUGGGGGAGAUAGCCUUCCAGCUGGAUCGAAGGAUCCUGUCCUAUGUGUUCCAGGGCCAGAACAGACUCUAUGGGUUCACUGUGCUCAAUAUACGAGACAAGAUCAUUCAGGUGUCCACACACCCUCUGACGGGGAAGGUGGACGAGGGCUACAGGCUCCAGCUGUCCCAGCGCUACACUGAGCUGAUGGCCAAGCUGAAGCAGCUGGGCUAUAGUAUGACUCUCCACCCCCCCUUCACAGAGUUCAUCAUCAACACCUACGGCAUCCUGAAGCAGAGGGCUGACUCAUACAGCGCCCGGGAGCUGGGAUACAACAGCCCGGACUUCCUCAGGAGAGUAGUUAUCAACGCAGCCCCCUCCAAACUACUGAAGGAUCUCCUGCUGCUGUUCAGUUGCCUCUCUUUCAUGGCCAGGCAGGACGGCAAGCCCCUCUUCCUCUGGUAGACGGGCUGGGAAGAGCUCUGGUCCAGGGUGUUACGUGCAGCUUGCUGAUCCUGAGUCUUUUAUAAACGCUUAGGACCAGAGCUAGACUGAGACAGCCACUGACACCACCUCCCUCCACAGCAGAGCAGUCGUCUGUGGAGAGUCAAGGUUUUACACUAUAAAAAAUGACUCAAACCCAACUCUUAACGUGUCUAAGCUUUUAUUGCUUUGGAGACAAGCGCUCUCUCAUACAAACUUCACACACCCUCCGCAGACAGGACAGCUCUGCAUCUCUUCACACACCCUCCACAGACAGACAGCUCUGCAUCUCUUCACACACCCUCCGCAGACAGGACAGCUCUGCAUCUCUUCACACACCCUCCGCAGACAGGACAGCUCUGCAUCUCUUCACACACCCUCCGCAGACAGGACAGCUCUGCAUCUCUUCACACACCCUCCACAGACAGGACAGCUCUGCAUCUCUUCACACACCCUCCACAGACAGACAGCUCUGCAUCUCUUCACACACAGCUCUGCAUCUCUUCACACACCCUCCACAGACAGGACAGCUCUGCAUCUCUUCACACACCCUCCACAGACAGGACAGCUCUGCAUCUCUUCACACACCCUCCACAGACAGGACAGCUCUGCAUCUCUUCACACACCCUCCGCAGACAGGACAGCUCUGCAUCUCUUCACACACCCUCCACAGACAGGACAGCUCUGCAUCUCUUCACACACCCUCCACAGACAGACAGCUCUGCAUCUCUUCACACACCCUCCACAGACA